GCAGGAGCAGAGAGCAGCCAUUGCUGUGUCUGGCAGCAGAGGUGUGAAGAAGACAUCUGGUGAGCGUGAGACACCCAGCAGCCAUGCUCAUGUGUCGGGAGGACUGAGCAGGUCCCAGAGCACCAUCAUGGUGCCUCCACCUCACUCACUGAUACAUGAGAGACACAGUGACCAGAAGAUCCAGGAACUCACCAACAAGAUCAUUCCACUGCUGACUGGAGAGGAGGGGGAGUAUAUAGAGGAACACAGGGGUCUGUACAAGGAUGUGAUGAUGGAGAAUCACUGGCCCCUCACAUCACUGGCUAAGAGGAGACUGUCAUGUAUUGUACAGGGGAGAGCAGAUGGGCCCAGUAACAGAGAUACCCCAGAGAGAUGUCCCCGUCCUCUGUAUUCCCAGGAUUGUACAGAGGAGAAUCACAGGAUCCCACAGGAGGAUCAGGUACAAAGUCUGCCUAAUAUUAAAACAGAAGAUAUAAAGGGAGAGGAAGAGACAUAUAUGACUGAUAUAAAGACAGAAGAUAUAGAGGGAGAAGAAGAGACGUAUGUGACUGAUAUAAAGGCAGAAGAUACAGAGGGAGAAGAAGAGACGUAUGUGACUGAUAUAAAGGCAGAAGAUAUAGAGGGAGAAGACGAGACGUAUGUGACUGAUAUAAAAGCAGAAGAUAUAGAGGGAGAAGAAGAGACGUAUGUGACUGAUAUAAAAGCAGAAGAUAUAGAGGGAGAAGAAGAGACGUAUGUGACUGAUAUAAAGCUAGAAGAUAUAGAGGGAGAAGAAGAGACGUAUGUUAGGGGUGAUCAGCAGUGUAAGGAGGAGGAGAUCCCUACAGAUAUCAGCACAGCAGAUGGACACACAAGCAGGAAUAUCUCAGAAGGACAUCUAAUGUUAUCCCCGGAUUGUGACAUAAAAGAAAAUGACAGUAGACAAGAAUCUCCAGGAGAUAACCCCAUUACCCCAAUUAUACAUCCAGCUUUAUCAGCUGGUCCCCCUGAUCCUGCAAAAUGUUCUUCUGAUCACUCUGAUAUUGGUGUAUCUGGUACAGUUCUGACAAUAGAUAUAGAGUUUCCCUGUUCUAUAGGUGCCAGAUUUUUUACACAGAACACAAAGCCUAUUAACCCACAGACAGGUAAGGCAAGUGAGAGGCCAUUUCUAUGUUCUGAGUGUGGGAAAUGUUUUGUAUACAAAUCAGAUCUUGUUGCACAUCAGAGAAGUCACACAGGUGAGAAGCCAUUUCCAUGUUCUGAGUGUGGGAAAUGUUUUGCACACAAAUCAGAUCUUAUUAAACAUCAGAGAUAUCACACAGGUGAGAAGCCAUUUUCAUGUUCUGAGUGUGGGAAAUGUUUUGCACACAAAUCAGAUCUUGUUAUACAUCAGCGAAGUCACACAGGUGAGGAGCCAUUUCCAUGUUCUGAGUGUGGGAAAUGUUUUGCACGCAAAUCAGAUCUUGUUAUACAUCAGCGAAGUCACACAGGUGAGAAGCCAUUUUCAUGUUCUGAGUGUGGGAAAUGUUUUGCACACAAAUCACAUCUUGUUAGACAUAACAGAAGUCACACAGGUGAGAAGCCAUUUUCUUGCUCUGAGUGUGGGAAAUGUUUUAUCCAGAAAUCACAUCUUGUUAUACAUCAAAGAAGUCACACAGGUGAGAAUCCAUUUCCAUGUUCUGAGUGUGGGAAAUGUUUUGCACAGAAAUCAGAUCUUAUUAAACAUAAGAGAUGUCACACAGGUGAGAAGCCAUUUUCUUGCUAUGAGUGUGGGAAAUGUUUUACUUGGAAAUCACAACUUGUUACACAUCAGCAAAGUAAAAUAGGUGAAAGGCCACUGAUAUGUUCUGAGUGUGGGAAAUGUUUUACAUACAAAUCGCAUCUUGUUAGACAUCAGAAAAGUCACACAGGUGAGAGGCCAUUUCCAUGUUCUGAGUGUGGGAAAUGUUUUGCACACACAUCAGAUCUUGUUAGACAUAACAGAAGUCACACAGGUGAGAAGCCAUUUUCUUGCUCUGAGUGUGGGAAAUGUUUUAUCCAGAAAUCACAUCUUGUUCUACAUCACAGAAGUCACACAGGUGAGAAGCCAUUUCUAUGUUCUGAGUGUGGGAAAUGUUUUGCGCACACAUCAGAUCUUGUUAUACAUCAGAGAAGUCACACAGGUGAGAAGCCAUUUUCUUGCUCUGAGUGUGGGAAAUGUUUUAUCCAGAAAUCACAUCUUGUUAUACAUCAAAGAAGUCACACAGAUAAGAAGGCAUUUCCAUGUUCUGAGUGUGGGAAAUGUUUUACACACAAAUCAGGUCUCGUUAGACAUAACAGACAUCACACAGGUGAGAAGCCAUAUCCAUGUUCUGAGUGUGGGAAAUGUUUUGCGCACGCAUCAGAUCUUGUUAUACAUAAGAGAAGUCACACAGGUGAGAGGCCGUUUUCUUGCUCUGAGUGUGGGAAAUGUUUUAUACAGAAAUCACAUCUUGUUAUACAUCAAAGAAGUCACACAGGUGAGAAGCCAUUUCCAUGUUAUGAGUGUGGGAAAUGUUUUAUAUACAAAUCACAUCUUGUUAUACAUCAGAAAAUUCAUACAGGUGAGAAACCAUUUCCAUGUUCUGAGUGUGGGAAAGGUUUUACAAACAAAUCGCAUCUUGUUAGACAUCAGAGAAGUCAUACAGGUGAGAAGCCAUUUCCAUGUUCUGAGUGUGGGAAAUGUUUUGCAUUGAAAUCAAAUCUUGUUACACAUCAGCAAAGUCACACAGGUGAGAAGCCAUUUCCAUGUUCUGAGUGUGGGAAAUGUUUUGCACAAAAAUCAGAUCUUGUUAUACAUAAGCGAAGUCACAGGUGAGAAGCCAUUUCCAUGUUUUGAGUGUGGGAAAUGUAUUGCACACAAAUCAGAUCUCAUUAAACAUGAGAGAAGUCACAGGUGAGAAGCCGUUUUCUUGCUCUGAGUGUGGAAAAUAUUUUACAUGGAAAUUAAAGCUUUUUACAUAUCGGAGAACUCACACAGGUGAGAGGCCAUUUUAUUGCUAUGAGUGCAAAAUGUUUUACACGGAAAUCACAACGUGUUACACAUCAGCGAAGUCACACAGGUGAGAAGCCAUUUACACUCUGAGAAAUAAAUCAGCACAAUAGACAA